CGAAAGCAUGGAUUCCUACCUUGUUGUCAUAACGUCAGCUCAAGAAGACAAAUUCAUCCGGGAACAUCUGUUACGGAAAGCAACGAGUGACCAAUACUGGAUCGGGGCAAACGAUGUAUUAGCUGAAGGUCACUUUCGGUGGAUGUCGAAAACACCACCUGAAGAUGUGACCUACAUCAACUGGUAUUCAGGUGAACCCAAUAAUGACGGCGGCAAAGGGAAUUGCGUAGUACUAGGGACAGUCCAAGGAUUCUUUUGGAAUGAUAUCGUCUGUACGAUCGACGCAGGAUUUAUUUGUGAACAGAAUUAAAUGUGCAUAGGGGUGGGACGUAGCCCAGAGGUAAAGCGCUCGCUUGAAGCGCGGUACA